AUGGAAUUAGAUGAUUUACGUAAUCUUUUCUUUGGAUCAUAUCAAAUCAAGCAAAGCCAAACUUACGCUGAGGAACAUCUUGAUGUGAAUGGCGAUUUUGCCAUACAAGUUUCGAAGGAAACAGAUCGAAUUAUACGCUGUGCUAUUCAGAGUCGACAUAGCAGCUCUACAAGAUACUACGUUUGGACUGAAUUUUCUCUGACUGGAGAUCCUAUUACAUCUUGGUAUUGCCAAUGCAAGUCAGGUGCUCGAACUGUGGGAGCCUGCGCACAUUAA